UUUCCAGGAUGCCUGUGACAGUGGAUGUCUCUUCUGCUGCUCCUAUUGGAAAUGACUUGCUACUUCAGAUCUGGGAGUUGUGGGAAGGUGUUGGUGUGGCCAAUGGAAUACAGUCACUGGCUGAAUCUAAAGAUAAUACUGGAUGAACUUACAGAGAGGGGUCAUGAAGUAACUGUUCUGAGACCUUCAGCCUCCAUCUUUCUUGAUCCCCAAAAGUCACCUAACCUAAAGUUUGAGAGUUUUCCUACAUCUAUCAGUAAAGAUGAUCUGGAAAAGUCUUUCCUAAGGCUUGUGGAUAUAUGGAUUUAUGAGGUAUCAAGAGAUACAUGUUUAUCAUACUCGCCUUUGCUAGAAAAUUUGUUUGAGGAAUAUUCUGACAGUUAUCUAAGUGUUUGUAAAGACACAGUUUCAAACAAGCAACUGAUGGCAAAACUACAUAAAUCCAAGUUUGAUGUCCUUGUCUCGGAUGCCAUUGCUCCCUGUGGGGAGCUGAUUGCUGAACUGCUCCACAUUCCUUUUCUGUACAGCCUUCGCUUUUCUCCUGGCUACAAAGUGGAAAAGAAGAGUGGAGGAUUUAUAGUCCCUCCCUCUUAUGUACCUAUAAUUUUGUCAGGAUUAGGGGGUCAAAUGACAUUCAUGGAGAGGGUAAGAAAUAUGAUAUGUAUGCUUUAUUUUGACUUUUGGUUCCCGCCAUUUAAUGAGAAGAAAUGGGGUCAAUUUUACAGUGAAACUUUGGGAAGGCAAACUACCUUAGCUGAGACAUCAGGCAAAGCAGAAAUGUGGCUCAUUCGUUCCUACUGGGAUUUGGAGUUUCCUCGCCCAACCUUACCAAAUGUUGACUAUGUAGGAGGACUCCACUGCAAACCUGCUAAACCCUUGCCUAAGGAAAUGGAAGACUUUGUUCAGAGUUCUGGAGAGCAUGGUGUUGUGGUGUUUUCUCUGGGGUCAGUGAUCAGCAAUAUUACAGAAGCAAAGGCCAACACAAUUGCAUGGGCCCUUGCCCAGAUUCCACAAAAGGUUCUUUGGAGAUUUGAUGGCAAAACACCAGAUACCUUAGGACCCAAUACCAGAGUCUACAAAUGGCUUCCCCAGAAUGACCUUCUAGGUCAUCCAAAAACCAAAGCCUUUGUAACUCAUGGUGGAGCUAAUGGCAUCUAUGAGGCAAUUCAUUUUGGAAUCCCUAUGAUUGGAAUUCCUUUGUUUGGAGAACAACAUGAUAACAUUGCCUACAUGGUGGCCAAAGGAGCAGCUGUUGCAUUAAAUUUCAGAUCAAUGACAAGGUUAGAUUUGCUCAAUGCACUGGAGGCAGUCAUAGAUAACCCUUCCUAUAAAGAGAAUGCUAUGUGGUUAUCAACCAUUCACAAUGACCAGCCCAUGAAGCCUCUGGAUAGAGCCGUCUUCUGGAUUGAGUUUGUCAUGCGCCACAAAGGGGCCAAGCACCUGAGGCCUCUUGCAUACAACCUCACUUGGUACCAGUACUACUCUCUGGAUGUGAUUGGAUUCCUACUGGCCUGUGUGGCAGCCGUAGCUUUCCUUGUCAUAAAAUCCUGCUUAUUCGUUUAUCAAAAGUUUGUAAAGAUGGGAAAGAAAAGGAAGAAUGACUAGAGCUCAUUGAGAAUGUACUACAUAAACUAAAUUUCAGCAUCAUUCUAAUUUAUGAACUGCCUUCUAAAUAUUCACUGAUUACUUGAUCAAUGAAUAUCUUCUCUGGAUGGAGUAAAGUAAGGGGGAAUAAUGGAAUUAUAUUACAAUCUCAAAAAUGAAAGAUGUAAUAAAAAGAAAAAGGCUAAGCUAGCUGUAAGAAACAAUCUAGUAAACAGAGUUCCUUCCCGG